AUGUUCUCCAAAGCUCCCGCCGCCCUCGCCGCUGUACUGGCCUUGCCCGCUGUGGCCAUGGCCCUCACUAUCCCUGCUCAAUUGCAACUUGCCGACACUGCCGUCGACAGAUAUAAAAUCCUCCCUACGAACGACGACUUCUUCUUCGAUUUCAACACGGCCUCCUUCCCCUUGGCCAACCGCCAAACCUUCCCUGCCCUUGUCGGGACCAACAUUGCUCUAGCCAUCACAGCAAUCGAGGGCUGCAGCAUGGCCUCCCUCCACAUCCACCCGCGCUCCGCCGAGAUCUUCGUCGUCCUCUCGGGCCGCAUCCUCACAGAAAUGAUCCCGGAGGGCGGCGUGGUCGACGCCGACGGCAAGCCGCGGCUGAUCCGCACGGAGCUGGCGGCCAACCAGACCACCAUCUUCCCGCAGGGCUCCUUCCACGCCCAGAUGAACCCGGAGUGCACGCCGGCCUUUGCCGUCGCCGCGUUCGCGUCCGACGACCCGGGCGCCGCGCUGGUCGUGCCCCAGGCCUUUCAGCAGUCGGAUGAGUUCGUGGUGAAUUCUUUUGGCGGGGCGUUGGCCGCGGAGGAUCUGGCGAGGUUUCGGGCGGCGAUUCCGCAGGGGCCGUUCUUUGAUGUGGAGGCGUGUCGGAAGAGGUGUGGGUUGUGA